AUGUGCAUGAGGGAAGCGAAGAUGUACAGAUAUAUCGAUAAAUGUAUCAGCGUGGAGGCGUGGAUGGGCGGAUACGCACAGAGAUGGUUUCCGCGUGGACACGCCAUCGCAACCGCUGCACCGCCGCACCACACACAUUUGAUGCAGUUACGCAAAGCGGCAGGCAUGCAUGACGAGACCCGCCCAGCGGCCGUGGCACCGACGCCGAGCACGAGGCAAGUCCUGUACGUGCCACAGCAGCAAGGAAAGGACACGGUGCUCGGUGCUUUAGCGGCCACUCGCCGAACGAAUCUGGCUGCGGCGCCCGUCAGCUUCACUCCACAUUGA